AUUUUCGAUUCAAAUCCUGUUAUGAAGUCCCCUCAGUUAGAAAGUAUUUUAUCCUUUGGUGCGGGACUUCUUUCAUGUGAGAAUUUAGAUUUAGUCAUGCUAUAUAACAAAGGAAACAAAAUUGGUAUUUAUUAUAAGUGAAGAACAAAUGUGUGAAAACCAAAUUUAGCAAAGGUAUGAAGAGAGAAGAGAAACGGCAGAAGCUCCAUGAAGGCCUCCUUAGGAUGCUCUAUCCUCCUCCACCAUCACCUCCUUCCCAAGAAGAAAAUGAUGACGAACCAUUUGAUAUUCUCGGACAAAGCCUCAACCUGGAUCAAAUUCCAGAUGAACUGGAAGAAGAUUGGGGUUCUUCUUCCUCUGGCGAACAGGAGUCUGAUCAUGGACCUGAGAAGCUUACAAGGGCCCAGAGGAAGAGGAUUCGACUAAAGAAGCUUAAGGAAUCUGCCUCUCGCAGCCAGAAUAUAAUUGGGCCGUUGUUACCUACUGAAGAGAGUGAUGAUAAGGGUGUAAAUGUGAGUAAGACAGAUGAGGAACCACAAGGUGUUCGAGAAAAUGCCAAUGAGACAGAUGAUGCAGAGUCUUGCUCGACACAAAACAAACGAAAACAAAGAAGAAUGGCUAAACGGUUGGUUGGCGGCAGCUCAAAAUCAACUGGGGAUGGCAACAAGACUUGAAAGUUCCAAUCCUUUGGUGGAGGGAUUAAGAACUUGACUGACUGCCUAAAGAAGGUUCAUUGCAACAGGCAGAAGUGAAAAUUUUAUCUGGAAAGAAGAAAUCGGACUUGACAUAACCACUGACAAGAUUUUAAUAGGUUGUGUUGCUGUAUUUUCAAAUUCAGAGCGAAGGUUUUUAUUUUUGAACUGUCUGGUUCAUGUUUGGGAUACUUAUAUAUAGCGCAAAUGUUCACUUACUAGUAGUUGAUUUAAUAA